AUGAGCUGCUACUAUGGCAACUACUAUGGUGGGCUGGGCUAUGGCUAUGGUGGCCUAGGCUGUGGCUAUGGCUGUGGCUAUGGUGGCUAUGGCUAUGGUGGYCUAGGCURUGGCUAUGGUGGCUAUGGUGGCUAUGGUUAUGGAUGCUGCCGCCCACUCUGCUACAGAAGAUACUAUUCCUAUGGCUUCUACUGA